UGUGAUCUAAACCAGAUUUCUGAAGAUACCAACUCGCUCCUCCUCAUGUGUAGGAGGGAAAGGCCUUGAGCCACGGGCCUUCCCUGAUCUGUCGAGGGAAAAAAGACGGAGGAUUUUGCUUUUUAAGUCUAAACAGUUAGGAAAAAUAGCACCGAGCCGAGGCUGAAUAGAUUAAAAGGAUUUAGGAGCGACCCUAUUUAAGUUGGAGAGAGAGCAGUCGCAGGACGAGAGCUGUUACAGAUGUUUAGACGCUAACAGGAGAAACAAGACGUGCAACUUCCAAAGCAAACAGAUCUCUACAGAUCCUCUGACAUGGUUCAGUAUCUGAUGUGAGGUCUGAUCCCCUCUUGUGGCAGGCGUCUGUGCUGCACCCAGCAGAGGAUGCAGCUGGUUGUCAUGGCAGCAGUGCUGGCGCUGGCGGGGGCGGGGCAGGGUUGCAGUUACGGCUGUCAUCCAAAGAACAUCAGCAUCUCUGUGGAGAGCUGUGGCAUCACUGAGUUCAUACUCACCACCAUAUGUGAAGGACAGUGCUACCUCGAGGAUCCGGUCUACAUCAGCCAUGAUGAACAGAAGAUCUGUAAUGGCGACUGGUCCUAUGAGGUGAAACACAUCGAAGGCUGUCCGGUGGGAGUCACCUACCCUGUGGCCAGAAACUGCGAGUGUACCACGUGUAACACAGGAAACACGUACUGUGGGCGCCUUCCCGGAUACGUACCCAGCUGUCCGUCCUUUUAAACAACCCCGUUGUCCCUCCGCAUUGCUUUUGUGUCCCUUGUCUUGAUAUCAAAAUAAACAGGUAUCAUUUAAA